AUGCUGAAUGAAAACCACCUUUCCCAUGCCGGAAUCCCCCUUCCCCCUCCAGCCCUUUCCUCAGGGCAGACUUCUCGAACAUCGCAACCUCCGCCGCCCAAGGGAGAGAGAGAAAGAGAGAAAAUGAAAAAGAAAGGGAAAGGGGGUUGGCCCACGGUGCCACACAAGCUCGAAUCCACACAAGCCUCGCAUGGAGUCAGCUCUUCAACCAACUCCACAGCAAAAGGCCGGGUUCAACGAGGUUGUCUCUUUCGACAUGUCACCCCGGCCCUGUCUUUUCAGAUGCAUACACCAAUAUUACUCCGUCCCUCGUAA